AUGUCAUAUGGUCCUCCUUCAGGUAAAAUACAGACGGGCAAGAGAGUGUUGGUCCAUGCUGGAGCUAGCGGAGUUGGUAUGGCAGACAUUCAGCUGGAAAGGCUGGCAAAAGCCAUUCCAGUCAUGGCAGCAUGAACUCAAGAGAAACUGAAAGCAACAGCAAAUGCCAGAGCCGCUGCAGAGUUCCACUGCAUGAGUGAAGAUUUUAGUGAAAAGGUCUUGGUGUUCACCCAAGGUCCUGGUGUCUGUAUUAUUUCAGAUUGUGUCAGUAGCUCAUACUGGGAGAAGAAUCUCAACUGUCUAAGUACUGAUGGCUGGUGGAUUAUUUAUGGACUAUUGUGUGGAGGUGAAGUACACAGAGACUUGCUUGCAAGGCUGCUUUCCAAAAAAGCGAGCAUCCAUGUGAGUCUAUUACGAUCAUGAGACAAGGAGUAUAAGGAACAGCUGGUGAAAGCCUUCACACGAAAUGUGCUGCCGUAUGUUUCUGGAGGAACUUCCCCUCAUCUCCAAUCCCUUGUUGGGAUGGCGUUUACCCUCUGCAUGAGGCUGCAGGGGCACACAACCGGCAAAGUUGUCCUGGAAAUGCCUGCUUCAUCUUAAAGGAAGGCUGGCUGUGGGAGUUGUUUCAGCAGCAGCUGUUUCAGGGACUGAACUGUGUCCAGUUCUGGGCCCCCCAGUUCAAGAAGGACAGGGAACUGCUCAAGCAAGUCCCGCGGAGAGCUACCAAGAUGAUGAGGGGACUGAAGCCUCUCCCUUAUGAGGAAACGCUGAGACCUGGGUUUGUUCAGCCUGGACAAGACAAGACUAAGGGGGGAUUUCACCAAU